UUUCUCUAUGUUUUAUUUUAGGAAAAACUUUAUAUGUUUGAUAAAGUUUUUAAACCCAAUGAUACACAAGAGAAAGUAUACAAUGAAGCAGCUAAAGGAAUUGUCAAAGAUGUAAUAAACGGUUAUAACGGAACCAUCUUUGCUUACGGACAAACUUCUAGUGGUAAAAGUUAUACAAUGGAAGGUGAUAUGUCCGAUUCUGAGAAACUUGGCGUAAUACCCCGGAUGAUCCAUGACCUUUUUAGCUAUAUACAGAAUUUAGAAGAGAACGUUGAAUUCCAUAUAAAAGUUUCGUACUAUGAACUAUAUAUGAACCAAAUCCGAGAUUUACUGGAUGUGACACGAACCAAUUUACCUGUUCAUGAAGAUGAAAACAAAGUACCGUUUGUUAAGGGAGCUACAGAAAGAUUUGUCACUUGCCCUGACGACGUAAUAAAAAUUAUGAAGGAAGGAAAAUUAAAUAGACAUGUUGCUGUAACAAACAUGAAUGAGCACAGUUCUCGUAGCCACAGUGUCUUCCUCAUUAAUGUAAAGCAAGAAAAUCUUGAAAAUCAAAAGAAAAUCAGUGGAAAAUUAUACUUGGUAGAUCUAUCCGGUAGUGAAAAGGUUAGCAAAACUGGCGCUGAAGGCAUGGUGCUUGAUGAAGCAAAAAAUAUCAACAAAUCAUUAGCUGCUCUUGGAAACGUUAUAUCUGCACUUACCGAAGAAAAUAGAUCUCAUAUUCCAUAUCGCGACAGUAAACUUACCAGAAUAUUACAAGAGAGUUUGGGAGGAAAUGCAAGAACUACGGUCAUCAUUUGCUGCUCUCCAGCCUCCUACAAUGAAGCAGAGACAAAAUCUACAUUAGAAUUUGGUCGCAGAGCGAAAACUAUAAAGAACCUUGCUGUUGUUAAUGAAGAAGUAUCAGCAGCGGAAUGGAAAAUAAAAUAUGAAAAGGAAAAGAAAAAAGUUUUUGCACUCAAAGCUGAUAUGUUCAAAGCAGAAGCAGAACUUAACAGAUGGAGACAAGGGAACUGUGUGCCUCAAGAUGAGCAGCUGCUUUUUAAAGAUCGCGCUUCUGAAGAAGGAGCUAACAUUGAAGAGGACCUAGCUACACAGAAUCAAGAUGUGAAAAAACAAACUCAAUUAGGUGGACAAGAAAAGAGGACGGAAAAUGAGGCUCUUGAAGAAAUGCAAACAUUUAAAAAGGAACUCACAGAAUGUAGACAAUCUAUAAUGCAGUAUGAGGCAGAAAUAACAUCACUGCAACAAGCAAUGGAUGACAACAAUUUAAAAAAAAGGAGUUUAGAAAUAGAAGUGGCUGUCCUUAAUAAAGAGCUUUCUAAACAGAAAUCAGCAAUGGAGAUGCAUAUGAUGUCAGCAAAAGAAACAGAAAGAGUUAAUUUAAAGUCUAUCACAGACGCUAUGGAACAGCAAAUUAAAGAAAAUUCAGAAGCUCAGAAGAAACUAGCCGAACUAAGAAAUGAAAUUGCAAAGAAAAAUGUUCAGAUUGAUGAGCUAAAGGAUCUCAAUCUGCAGCUUUCGAUGGAUCACAUGAAACUACAAGAAGCUUACAACCAGCUACAACUGAAGGAAUCUAGGAAAACAAAGAAAUUUCAAGAGUGUUUGCUAUCAUUGUGUGAAAGAAAAAAAGAAGCACUGGCUCUAGAAUUUGAGAUUAUGAAUGGGGCACAAAUGUUUAUUAACCAGGAGUUAUCGUCAGAUCAUCAGAAUUCACCUAUUGGAUGUGAUAGUGGAGCUGGUUUUGCCCCGAAGCAAAAUAUUUCUUUCUGCGAAAAUCUAUGUCAAGAAACCAAAAGUCUGGAAUCACAUUUUGCUGAUAUAAAACUUGAAAUUGACUCAUUGGCACAAACUCUUAAAGAACGGUCGGAACUUACAGCAGCUCUUUUUCAAGAUGUAAAAGAUGCAGAAGAUGCUAUACAGGAUAAACAAAGUUACGAACCUGAAGAUGGAAUACAGAGAAUGAAAGAAGCAAGAAAAAAACAAAUAGCUAGUCCUGGAAAUAUGGCUCAUAUAGCCAAACCAAUUAGGUCAGGACAGGCAAUGAAAAUAAAGGCCUCAGGACUAAUCAAUUCCAGGGUUCAGGAUCUAUCACGUAAUUAUCAUAUUUUUAAUUCUUAGGAUUUUGAAAAAUAUGGAUAAAAUCUUUAUUUUAUAUAAAAUGGUAACUAAAUUUUAAUUUUUGAUAGUCCCAAUCUGUAAGCUUUCUGGUAUUUGAGCAUUUAGGGCAACAUUGUGUCAAGGCCUGGGAACUGCAAGACGUUCCUGUAAGGUGUCUGCUGAAUUUCAUCUCAGCUAUAGGGCUUUCAUGCUAAUCAUGGGGUUCGAGUACAAUAGACCUCUGGUCGACGUGCCUUGCUCAUUAGAGCUGCCCAGGUUAGAAGGUUAUUCUUCUGACCAGGGGCGUACGCAAGGGAGGGGUUUAAACUCCCCUCUUGAGCUCAGACAAAAU